AUGCGCCCCCGCCCCCCCAUCGCCGUCACUCCGCUGACCAUGCCCCGCAAAGAGUUCCAGAGGGAUCUCAUUCAAGCCUCAGUGCCAGGGCGAUUUCCCCAUCUGAAAGGUGUUAGGGCAGGCGAAGAACAUGGCUCAGUCCUGUUUACCUACACAGUACCUUUUAGCACUCAGACGAUUGAUUUUCAGACAUCGGUAUUAAACACUGACGACUAUCCCGGUCACCAUACAUACUUUACAUUUGCAGCGAGCGACAACAUUCCCGAUGAUGUGUCCAAGGCUAUUGAACGUUUGCAACCGGUCUUUGCGGGGUUAGCAAUUGAGCCGUUUCUGAAAUGCAUCAGCGACAGCAUAGAUGAUGCUCUACUCGGGGUGGAUUCUGCGUUGGAUCUCCUCCACGAGAAUCGCUCUGAAAGUGAAAUUUUCUCCGGUGAUGAUAUGGACUUUGAUGCUGACUCUGUUGACUCUGACGCCCAAUUUACACCGCCGACGGACCAAGCCGAGGUGAUGAAGCAAAUACGCUCAGACAUGAGCGCUGUAAAAAAGGCCGGUUAUCGAGUUGCCUUCCUUGGACAACUAACCGGAUGUCUCAUCAUCUCGAUCUCCUGUCGAAUAGCAAAACUUGGUAUUUCCAAAGUCGCCAUGCAGGCUUGGAAUGUCCGUCCUUCGCAAUAUCUGGUUCUACUUUUGCGAUAUCCAUUUGGUUACCGCAACCUCGACCAGGUAAUUUCCAAGUCCAUCCCGAAGACACCGCUAAUUCAGAUGUACGUCGGUCUUUGUGAUUCCUCCAAGCCUAGCUUGGCUGCGGCUACGCAAGCUUUCGUUUCGACAGAGACCGAAAUCCCAGGAAAUACCCAGAAGGUGGGACCAGAUCUGCAGUCAUUCUUCAUUGGUGACUCAUUGCAUACACUUCUCAAUACACAUUUGAUAGACUUAGUGCGGCACCGUCUCCAACAUGGUUUCACGUGGACCGGUGCCGAGCUUUACUUGAGAAACAAUCAAGGCAGGAUCCAGGAUUCCGAAGAGGUAGCACGCGAGGUGUACUUCGUUCCGGAGGCUUGGAAUGACGCGACUCCGCGGUUCCUGCGAGCAGACCAUAUCUCCGAGGAAAAGUCGCCAUUAUCCCUUCCUCUAAUUGCAAUACAAUUCAUCCUUCGGAGGUUUGUUAAGUGCACCGAGUUCUGCCUCAAUUGUUAUUGCAAGGUCGAUGCGGGUUUCGAGGCACUUAUGCCCUAUGUCUGCUCAAACAGCCUGUGUCUUUACCAGUACAUGAGGCUUGGUAUGGGGCCUAGACUGGAGUGGGAGAUAAUAUCCCAGCCGUAUGUUGUCGAUAUGCUUGUCAGUUUUGCCUAUGCUCGGGCACUGGCUGGCUACCUGGAAGACUUCCCCUUGGGUCUUGGAAUGAAUGUCCCUACAUAUUAUGCCACUGAAAACGACCAAAUGAUUUAUCAUGGACUGCUCAACAAAGCUACAAUGGAGCUCGACGUCCAUGAGAUGCCAGAUUUGAGAGUGGGCGAUUGGAUUGCGAUUGUACCCUGCGGUGCACAUAUUCGCCAUGGCCGGCCCCAGUGGCAUUGUCGCGUGCAGGAUGCCGAUUCCCCGUCGUCUAUUCAACUCACACCCCCAAUUCGUAGAGAAAUACCAAAUGAACAUGGUAUUAAUAUGGAAGGCAGCGACGAGGUACAAUUUGUGCGAUACAAAGAAUGCUUCGACGACUUACCUGACAGCGCAAAAUGUGAUGCGAUUGUGAUGCUUCUAGAAACGCUUCCCGACAUCAACUCAAUGCGAUCAUUUAUUCUGAGCCACCCUAACGGUAAUUCCAAAAGGAUGUUGGCGUCGUGGUGCGAUAAAAUAUCUCCAGCUGCUCUUUAUGCCCUUAGAUGGAUUGUUGCAUCAAACAGAUCGUGCAUCAGGUACGAGGACGAUCCUGAACACAAAUUACCCUACAUGAAUGGAUACGCCCAGUUCAGACUCGCGCAGGGCGCACCAGAUAAGGAGCAGCGUUUUGUCAGUGCAGUUAAGUCACUUUCUUCCUCCCAUAACGCAGAGUACCCUACGCUAUUUGCUUGGCAUGGAAGCCCGAUAUCCAACUGGCAUAGCAUUCUACGCGAAGGGCUCCACUUCAAGAGAGUCUUGAAUGGCCGUAGUUACGGACAUGGAGUUUAUAUGUCGCCACAAUUCGGUCAUUCAAUGACAUACGCAUCUUCCCAAAAUUUGGCUAGAACCUGGCCCAAUAGCAUUCUGAACAUUGACAAAGCCCUGUCGCUGAAUGAAGUAGUCAAUGCUCCCGAGCAGUUCGUGCACAACGGCAACUACUAUGUGGUAGACAAACUGGAUUGGAUUCAACCAAGGUAUCUCAUCAUUAGACAUAAGAGUGCUUCUCCGAUGACGGCCGAUGCGGGAUUGGUGCCAUCGAUUACCUAUACUCAGCACCCUGAUUACCAGGCCCUUGGCCCCAAUCACCAAGCUCUGACGCUGCCUAUCUCUGCUGUUAGCAGUCAUUGGAGCCAACGGUAUGCGGAAACGACAACGAGAAGUACAUGUGAAGGGCAGCUGUCGCAUAACGUGGCGCUGGUCUCCGAUGAUGACCGCGACAGUGUCACCACAAUCGCUGACGAUGACUGGCUACUCGACGCAGGCGCUAUUGCUAGCACUGGUACUCACGACGAGGUAGCGAAUGAGGCCUUCCAUGAUUUGUCUAAAACAGACUUUCGACCCGGAAGCCUGAAGGAGUCAGCUUUGCAGUUACUUGGCCCGCCGAAGUAUGCCACAACGUUGGCGACCAAGUCUCUACAGAGGCAUCUCCAAGCCACAUUGAAAGUGCAAGAACGGGAGCCCUUGCAUGCACUGGGCUGGUAUAUUGAUCCAGCCCUCGUCAACAACGUUUACCAGUGGAUUGUGCAACUACACAGCUUCGAACCAUCCCUGCCGCUGGCCAAGGAUCUAAAGGCGGUGGGUUUGACAGCCAUUGUCAUGGAGUUGCGGUUUCCACCUCAAUUCCCCAUGUCACCUCCUUUUGUGCGCAUUAUUCGCCCGCGGUUUUUGCCGUUUAGUCAAGGCGGCGGGGGCCAUGUUACGGCUGGAGGGGCGAUGUGUAUGGAGCUACUGACCAGCUCAGGUUGGUCCCCUGUAUCCAGUAUUGAAAGUGUCUUGCUGCAAGUUCGCAUGGCUCUCACCAGCACGGAUCCAGUACCGGCUCGCCUCGAGCAACGGCGUAUGCAGGACUACUCUGUUGGUGAGGCUGUGGCUGCAUAUACGAGAGUGUGUCAAUUACAUGGGUGGGCAGUUCCCGACGACCUCAGGGAAGUCUCAUGGUAG